AUGGGAGCACCGGAUCACGAACCCGCCGCCCAGAUGGUGGACAAUGUGGUCCGGGCCAUCCAGAACCUCACCACCGAUGCCAACUACAAGAUCGUCUCCGAGGUCUUCAACGAGGUCAUCUUCCUCAAAGACCGGAACAACAAGCUGUCCGUGGCACAGCGGGAGACCUUCGAAGAGUACCGGCACUUCCGCAACGAGCUCGAGGAGAGAGUAGAUGCGAAGGACAAGGAGAUCAACCAGCUCAACGACGCAAAGGCCGUGCUCACCGCCGAGAAGACCUCGCUCGAAUCGCAGGUGGAACAGAAGGAGAAGGAGAUAACAGAUCUCACCGACACCAAGACCCGGCUAGAGGGCGAGAAGACUGCCCUCGAGUCCACAGUCGAGACGAAGAACAAAGAGGUCGCGGAUCUCACUGAGGCGAAAACCCAGCUGACAGACGAGAAAGCCGCUCUCCAGUCGACACUGGAGGAGAAGGCCAAGGAGAUCCAAGAACUCACUGAAACCAAGGCCCGGUUGGAGGGCGAGAAGUCUGACCUCGAAUCAACCGUCGAGGCCAAGGACAAGGAAAUCGGCGAGCUCAAUGCCGCCAAGACCCAGCUCGCCGACGAGAAGGCCUCUCUCGAGUCGCAGUUGCAGGAGAAGACCAAGGAACUAGCCGAGCUCACCGAUGCCAAGACGAAACUCGAAGAGGAGAAGGCGGCGCUCGAUACCAAGCUGGAGGAGAAGGAGAAGGAGCUGACAGAACUCGUCGACGCCAAGUCAAAACUAGAGACGGAAGUCGCUGAGCUCAAGGAGGCCAAGUCGAAGCUCGAGAAGGACCUCGAGGAAGCCAACAAGAAACUGGAAGAUCAGCGCAAGGAGGCAGAGGAUGCAGCCGCAGCCGCGGCGAAAGAGAUCUCGUCGCUUCAGGAGAAGAUAGCAGAGAAAGAUGCCGAGCUCAAAGGCGUGAGGGAGGAGUUGAGCUCACUCCAAGGAGAACUAAAGGAGAUGACAGAGAAGGCCGAAGGAGAGACGAGCCGGGCCAACACCCUACAGGGAGAGUUGGACACUGUCACCGCCAAGGCAAAUGAUGCGACCGCGCGGGUUGAGUUCCUCGAACUGGAGCUCAAGGUCGUCACCGGGAAGGCCGAAGAGGCAAACGCCACCGUCGACAGGCUGCAGUCGGAGCUGCGCGAAAAGAUAGAGAGGCUGACGGAGCUCGAGGGUUAUCGGGUGGCCCUGAAGAGCGAAUCCGAGGACGCAUACGUCGAGAUCCUCGACAGAAUCUGGACCCACAUCGCCGGUCUCGUGGAGACCCAAUUCCGGCAGGACCUCGACCCGGGCGUUCUAGCCGACGCCUCCUGCUGGGCCAAGCUCCGCGCCUGCGAGCACCUCAAGCACCCACGCCAGAUGCCGCUGCCGCAGUCCAACACGUCGGCGGCCAAGCAGAUGCGCGUAGCGGCCGUACUAGCGGUCCUCUCGCGCUCGCUCCACCGGCACGUCUUCCGGCCCGUCUACCUCAUCGACGACGAGGACGGCGGGGCCGCCACGCCGACGGGCCACGGCGCCCACGGCUCGCACGGCGUGCACGGGCACGGCGCCCACGGCGCGGCGGGCGGGCACCGCGACAGCCUCGCGCGGCUGCUGCAGGUGCUCGACGCCGACAGCCCGGCGCGCGAGGCGCACUUCCGGGCGACGCUGCUGGCGGCGCUGCCGGAGCGGCAGCGGGCGAGCGCGGCGCGGCGGGCGCGCACCGUCGCCCGCGAGGUGUCGUGGCUGGUGCAGGAGCUGCUGGGCGCCGCGCAGUACGAUUCGUUUUGCGGCCGGCUCGAGGCCGCCUGCACGCUGGCCUGCGCCCAGUGGAUGCGCAUCCAGCGGUCGAGCGUGCGCAUCGAGGCCUACUUCGGCCCGCCGUACGACCACUACGACUGGCAGGUGCUGCCGCUGCCGCAGUUCGACGGCGACGGCGGGAGGGACGGCGGGCGGGAGGUGGUGGUGCGUCACGACGGGGAUGGCGAGGGCGCGCUGCUCGACGACAAUGAUGACGUCGUCGUCGAGGUUGGCAGGCCCGCUGCUGACGAGGACGAGCCGAGGCCGCGGCCCAGGCGGAGGGUGCGGACGACGACGGAGGACAACGGGACGGCGGUGGAGGUGGUCGACGACGACGACGACGAGGAAGGGCCCGAGCUGGGCCCCGAGGACAUCAUGCUCGUGGUGUGGCCCAGCAUGUGCGCCGUCGAGGGCGGCCAGCUCGAGUCGAUCACGCAGGGGCUCGUCAUCUCCAAGGACCAGGUGCGGGCCGCGCAGGAGGAGCUGCGCGGCCGCGGCCGCAACAAGCCGUCCACCAAGCGGGCGCGCACGCUGUCCAUGCCCGGCCGCGGCGUCAGCGGCUCCGUCGGGAAGUCUUUUUUAGCUGCAGGCGAUGGCGGCGCGUCAAACAAUGGAUAG